CGGUCUCCUCUCCAGGUUGCGCCCAAAUUCCGCGAUAGGUUGGGUUCAUGUUGGCUGUGGGUGUGGCCCUUUAUUUCAGUUCCUUUUUUUUUUUUUUAAAUUCUCUAGACUGGCUGUUGCUUCUUUUGCCUUGAUCCAUGGACGCGGUCUUGGUGGUCGCGUAAUACUUGUACUUGCUAUACACACCCAUUUGCUCGUGUUGGCGCAAAGUAUCUUUUGCUGCUAGUUAAUUUUUUUUUCUUAACCUUCUCUUUUCUCGCUUCACUCCAUCUUUUUGUCUUACAAAUGGUACUGCCUGCCGAUCGUAUCUGAGGGCUUUUCGAUCGUUUCUUUUCUUUUGCUAUCUAUUAAUUUCUUUUCUUUGCUUUUUAUACCCGUUUUGAGCAAGCGAGCGAGUUGCGUAAGCAGAGUCUUUCAACGGCUUGCUGCUACUGCGUAUCAUCACCUAUUUCAAGCUUCUGCAUCUCGAGUCCAACAUCUGACCUUACGGCAUACUGGCAUAACAAGCACCUGUGUAUAGCCAGCCCACUCGCUCAGUUCAGCAACCCGAGGGCGUGCUUGCUACAGUCGAGCCGAGGAUCAAGACGAUCCAUCUUUAUAGAACAGUCCAAUUCAAGCCUUCUUUGUUCUCUGUUGGCGCAAAGAGACACCACACAACUGCAUCACCACCAUGACAGCACAGGACCAAGCCCCCGUGCCCAUCUCCAUCACCAUCUGCGGCGAUGGAGGCUGCGGCAAGUCGUCCAUCACCCUGCGCCUCGUGCGCUCCGCGUGGACGUCCGACUACGACCCGACCAUCGAGGACAACUACAGCGUCACGCGCGUCAUCGACGGCGUCACCUACCACCUGUGCCUCACGGACACGGCCGGCCAGGAGGAGUACCGCGGCAUGUGGGCGUCGUCCAACCUCGGCGCCGACGCCUUCCUCAUGGUCUACGACAUCACGUCGCGCGACUCGCUCGACGCCCUGCAGCACUUUGACGAGCUCAUCAGCAUGGAGUCCGAGGUGCGCCUCGACAACGCCGACCGCGCGCGCAUCGCCGGCAUCAGCCCGGCCUACACCGGCUCCGGCGCCGGCUCCAGGACCGUCCAGCCCGUCAAGAUUGUGGCCGGCAACAAGUGCGACCUGCAGGACAAGAGGACGGUGCCGGCGGCCACGGGGCUCGAGUGGUCGCGCUCGCGCGGCUGCGGCUUCAUGGAGACGAGCGCCCGCCUCGAGGUCAACAUUGAGGAGACGUUUGCGCUCAUUGUGAAGCGCGUGGUCGAGGCCCGGAAGCUCGCCGAGGAGGGCGGCGACAGCGCCGACCUGAGCGCGCGGGGCAUGACGAAGCCGCUGACGCCUUUGCCUGGCUCGGGGGGCGAUGGCGAUGAGAAGCGCGGUCCUGGGGUUCGGGGUCCUAUAUUGAACGGGGACAAGGUCGGGCGUGGGCAAGGCGGCUUUUGGAAGAAGCUGCGUUGUUGGUGACGGCGAUGAUGAAAUAUGAUGCUGUUGGGAGGGGGUUGAUACGGAGAAGAACGAAAAGAUAUGAGCCUGUUGAUGUUUUGUAUACUUAGUCUCUCUUGUUUGCACAUUUUGGAUCACUGUUUGCUUAUUUGAUUGUUGUUUUUGUUCAUAUAUACCAUGGAUGCGUAUGGGGCGUCAAGGACGAAGUGCUAAUGAUAUGGGAAAAAGAAGAAGAGAAAAAAUGGCGUCUUGAGCAUAGCAGAUAGUGUAGAAAUGGUGGACAUGGCCUGUACAUGUUUUUCUUAUAAACCGUUGAAUGCGCCAUGUAUAUGGCGUUUGUCGUCUCAACACAGGAUGAAGCCUUUGCUUUAACUUUUACCUCAUAAAGAGAAGUCUCUGGGCUCUUAGACUUUUGAUUAUUAGCAGGUGAGAAAGAGCUCAAUUUCAACAUGUUUUCGUUAAAUGCAAGAUAAGAUUUAUGAGUAGAGAAGAAUGAAAAAAAAAAAGUUCUGAGCUGAGAAAUCGUCUCUGCCACUCUUCCUUGCAUAACACAACGUCUAUAAGCAUCGCAAGUAUUGUAGUGUAUCAUUACCAUCCCCUCGGAAUAUUACGUGUACCCAUAUGAAAACCCAAACAUUGAACCCUCUGUGUCUAUAAAACGCCCUGCCGGGCCACAUCGUCGUCGAUGAGCCCAUUCAUUACUGCUUGCUUUCGACCCAGUCUCUCCACUUCUUAUACUCUGGAUAGUCGACGCUGAUUUUCUUGCCCUGGUAGCGAGUUACUCUAAUGUCCAAGUCCUGCCACUUGGAUCGACUGCCCAUCCAGCCUGCCUUGCGGAUCAAGCUGAAGAGAGCCUCGUCCUUGGUCCAUCCUUGCUCAAGUGCUACGUCGGGAAGAUACGUCGCACCGUAGCGGCGGCCGCGAUCUGAAAACGAAAUCCGGAUACCGUGAGUGCCAACCACCCAGUCGUGCAUGUCGUCUGCGUCUUCAAAGUCUGUGAGGAGCGUCACGGCCGCCUGAAGCGAGGGCAGUUCGCGCUUGGAUAUGGGGCGGAAGCGGGUGUCUUGCAGGGCGGAUAUGAGGGCAUAUUCGUGGAUUCCUUCCGCCAGAGGCUGGGACUCAAAAGUGCCGAUGCAGCCGCGGAGGGAGACGUCCUGGUCGUCAGGAUCGACGGUAUUCCAGGUGAUGAAGAGGGGAGCUGCCGUUGGCGGAGCGUCAGGGAGGGAGGACGUGGAUGUUGCAGGCGUUGAAUCUCCUCCUGUUGCCGAGAGCGACGUUGACGAUGAGGAAGACGAGGACGAGGACGAAGCGCCAUCGGCAGCGAGACGGCGGAGAGCCGGAUUCAAGGGAGCGUUGGCGGAAGUAGGCCCGCUGGCUUUGUACGCAGCCCAGGAGGACUGGAUUUGCUCAAGGGAGAGAGGUUUGCGGUUAUUGAGUUCGGCAUCAAGAGCCUCGAAACAUACGAUACAAUGCUCAGCGGUGGCCAUGCUGCGGCUGGAGCGAGGAGACACGGAGAAGGUGACGUAGAAGGAGAGCGGAGGAGAGAGAAAAUCAGUACAAGCAAAGAACGUCACGAAGGAACCAAGGCUGAAGAAGAUUUGAGUCUUUGCCUGCUGCCAGAAGCCGCGAGGAUCAGAAGAGGCCAGGAACCGCUUGAAGAUGGAACCGAGGCGGAUUAGAAGCACGGAGGAAAAGCUAAAAACCCAACCACGAUGGUCAGCAGGCAGUGGCAAAGCCAAAGAUGGAUGUGGAGGCAAAGUUGAAGAAUAAGGCGGAAGCACAGGCAGAAAAGAGGAAAAGAGAGAGAAGAAGACCCAAGCGUGAGUCGUGAUUCAUCAGCGCGCAGUGACGCUUCUUCUCGGGCAGCACCGCAGCAAAUUCCCUCUUUCCCCCC